CAAUUUGGUAUAGCAGACCGACCCGAAGAGUGCAGAAAUUUUGCUAACAGACAUACGUCGAGCUGUAAGAGAAAGUGGAUUUUAUCCCCAUGGCAAUCUCACAGCCUCUUUCUUCAUCUAUGGAAGCUGUUUCUAGCGCCAGUUUCUUUCCAAGAUUCACAGAAAGGCCUUGUACUUUUCAGUAUAUCAAAACUCCUACUAACUGGCUUGGCAGUAAGAUUCUGAAAUCCAGUUUAACUCUAGCACGCAGCAUCUCGCCUACACUCCGCCUCUCUCGAAUUGCGGCACUUCCUUCUGAAGAACUUAGUGGUGGAGACGGAAACACUGAAGAGCAAAUUCUUCGUCUGAAAAGCGAAAUUGGAUUUGGAUUAGCUCCUGAAGGAGCUGUUCAUUUGUCUCGGGGUAAAUUCGACGGGGAACAGCCAAACGAAAUUAAAGAAGAGAGGAUAGCAGAAGUGGUGACGCACGCAGGGGGCGGCACAAGAGCCGGGCUGUUUAGAACACCCAUAUCAGGAGGAGUGCAAAGCGCAACCUCUGCUCAUGAUUUACCGAAACCCGCAUUAGCUGUUCGGAAUUUACUGGAACAGGCUAGGUUUGCUCAUUUGUGCACAGUCAUGUCCCAGAUGCAUCAUAGGCGAGAGGGUUAUCCAUUUGGUUCACUUGUAGAUUUUGCACCAGAUGGCAUGGGGCAUCCAUUAUUUUCAUUUUCGCCAUUAGCUAUUCACACUAGGAAUUUGUUAGCUGAUCCAAGAUGCUCGAUGGUUGUGCAGGUUAGCGGUUCGUUAUUCGUUAUACAAACACUUGGAAGUUAGAGACAAUUUGGAAAGGCAUGAUGUGUGCCUGAACCUGCUGAAGUUGUGGCUGAAAUGGAUUAAUCUACUUAAUGAUCUAAAAUAUUUUUUAAUUACAUAUAAAUCAAUCAAUCAAUCAUCAUUUACCCCAGUGCCACAAAGGCUCCCACCUAUGGUGGGGUAAGGGGGGCCGGAUGUACGCAGUCUUACCUCUGUACUAAAGCACAGAGACUCAGAGAGACUGUUUCCGGAUGACCCAUAAUGAAAAUCGCGUCCAAAAUUGCAUGGACUGACUGCUGCUUCAUAACAAAGAAGAGCAUACAGUUUGAUUCCCGGAUGGAGUGGUUUGUCAAAUGCAAGGGUAACAAUACUUGGUGAUGUGUAUCCUCUCACAGAAGAUCAACAGGGGUGGGCUCAUAAACAGUACAUAGCAAAGCAUCAGCAAGGUCCUUCACAACAGUGGGGAAACUUUUAUUACUUCAGGAUGCAAAAUAUCAGUGACAUAUACUUCAUUGGAGGGUUUGGAACAGUUGCUUGGGUUGAUGUCAAGGAAUAUGAAAACCUUAAGCCAGACAAAAUUGCUGUUAAUGGGGGUGAACAUAACUUGAAGGAACUGAAUGUCCUCUUCUCAAAACCCCUAAAGGAUCUUCUGUCACGUGAAACGGAGGUGGAUGAUGUUGCUCUGAUAUCGAUAGACAGUAAGGGCACUGAUAUUCGUGUCCGGCAAGGCGCACAGUUCAACAUUCAGAGGAUGUCGUUUGAAGAAGGGCAUAUGGUUGAAACGCUAGAAGAAGCCAAAGCAGCACUUAGGAAAAUAAUAAACAAAGGCAAAGUUCACAAUUUGCAUAAAUGAAGUUUCCGUAGGGAGGUGGCGGUUAUAUAUGAACUGUGAAGGCAUGAAGCUAGGUUUAGAAAGAUCAUGUAACAUUAUUGUAUCUGGGAAUUCGCCAAUGAGCGUGAAAGCUGAAAUGUUAGGAAAUAUUUGCCCAAAGGGCAAACUGAAUGCAAUUGGAGUCUCAUGUGUGCGGGCGGCCACUUGUUCCCUUGUUAUUUUCCCUUCACAUAAACUCCGUACUUAUUGUCAGGAACCCGGAAAAGACAGAAAGAAAAUGAGUGAAGUUGCAGAGCCGAUUAUUAGCACGUCUAACAUGUUUUACAAAACACUACCUCCCAAAUUGGG